AUGACUGCCCUUUUCGCAUCUGCCUUCGCAAUGCCUGCCACCCUUGUAUCUCGACAAGAUGCUAUCUGCAGCAGCGGCAAUCCUCGAUGCUGCGACACUGAUGUCCUUGGUGUAGCUGAUCUAGACUGCGAGACUCCACCGGGUACAUACACCGACGCAGCAUCUUUCAGCAAAGUCUGCGCCGAUGUUGGAAAAAUCGACAUGUGCUGCGAUCUUCCUAUCUUGGGUCAAGCUCUUAUUUGCUCUUCUCCAAGUGGUUCAUAG